UGUCUAAUUAAACCCCUACCACGUAAUCCCAACGAAACCAUCCCCCCCCCCGUUUAAAUCCACUCCAACUGCGCUCACCACUUAAACACACUGUCCUCCGCUGCUAUCCCGUCGCAACCCGGCCCCUGGAGGAGAGGAAACGCCAGCAGCAGCACCAGCUCCGCACCGCAGCACCAUCACUGCUGCCUCUCGCCUGCACGGUAGCAUGGUUUGCAGGGCUCGGCUGCUGUAGCCAAGGGCCACUUAGUCACUCAGCCAGCCAGCCAGCCAGCCAGUGUGUGUGGAUGUGUGUGAGUGUGCAGUAAGAAGCAGAAGCAGCAGUAGUAGCCAGACGGAGAUCUCGGUCGGUCCAGCUAUUCACCAGGAGCACCGGAGGAAGGCGUCCAGAGCGAGCCGAGCAUCCCCGCAUCUCCACCCGGCUGUCCUGCACACCGGCCCCGCUGAACCGGAGCAGGGAUACCCUCCUCCCCUCCAGACACUGCCUCGGCUUUAUCGGGUGUGAAAAGCGGCCUGGCUAGUGGUAUAGUCACUGUUGUUGUCAAGGAAACCAAGAGUCCUGUCCCGUUGCCAUGGGGAAACAGAACAGCAAGCUGCGGCCAGAGAUGCUGCAGGACCUCCGGGAGAAUACUGAGUUUUCCGACCAUGAGCUGCAGGAGUGGUACAAGGGGUUCUUGAAGGAUUGCCCCAGUGGAACAUUGAAUGUGGAGGAGUUCAAGAAAAUCUACGCCAAUUUCUUCCCCUACGGGGACGCCUCCAAGUUCGCUGAGCACGUCUUCCGAACUUUUGACACCAAUGGUGACGGAACGAUAGACUUCCGGGAGUUCAUCAUCGCCUUGAGCGUGACAUCAAGGGGCAAGCUGGAGCAGAAGCUGAAAUGGGCCUUCAGCAUGUAUGACUUGGAUGGAAACGGGUACAUCAGCCGCGAUGAGAUGCUGGAGAUUGUACAGGCCAUCUACAAGAUGGUGUCAUCUGUGAUGAAGAUGCCAGAGGAUGAAUCCACGCCGGAGAAGAGGACGGAUAAGAUCUUCAGACAAAUGGACCUCAAUAAUGACGGCAAAUUGUCCCUGGAGGAGUUUAUCAAAGGUGCCAAAAGCGACCCCUCCAUCGUCCGGCUACUCCAGUGCGACCCCAGCUCAGCCUCCCAAUUCUGAACCCCUGCCCUGCUACGACCCUUUCUUCCUCACCCUGUCUGUUGCUACUGAAACAGUCACUCAAAUCAAUGCAUGAUGGUUCUCGUCUCUCAUAUCAUAUCAUUUUUAUUUAUUUAUUUUUGUUGUUGUUGUUGUUGUGUGCAAGGGUGGAGGAGGAAUUUUAAGGAGGCUAAGAAAAGUCAUCACUAUCAUUUCACUUUCAUUUUUAUAUUUGGGAAAAAUUAAGGGACAUGCAUACAUUUAAAGAUCAGCCGACAGUGGCGUCCGCUAAUAUUCCCGAAAAUCUCUCUCUCUCUCUGGAACGUUGGAUUUCCAGGGAGCUUGUGACAAAGUGUGGAUGUUUUUUGCAGGGUGGGGAUUGCUCAGCGUCUCCUCCAACACACAUGUAUAUCAUGUAUAUACUGUACGUCUAUCUAUAUCGUGAGAUGAAGUACAUUUGUCUUCAUGUAUGGUGCACACUCUUUGGAACGGAAAGGCAGUGUUAUGGGUGGUCGGGGUGGAGGUGUGUGGGGAGUUAGUGGGAUUUUACUGCUAUAUGAUCUUUCGCUGAGAAAAAGAAGGCCUAAAAUCUCAUUUGGUUUUUUUAUUGAUAUCUACAGGCAUUUUGUUGAUUUUUAAAGUUGAAAUGUUUUUUUUUUUUUUCAUUUGUACAUAUUGUUUUCCUCCUUCAUGUUUUAUUUAUUCAUUUGUAUUCUUAUUAUUGUGCUUUUACUUUGAUAUGUUGUUAAAGAUGACCAUAUUCCACUUUACAGUGACAGAGAGAGAGAGAGAGAGAGUGAGAUUGAUCUCUUUGGGAUUUGCGGAUUUGUUUAAGUGGAAGAUUAUGAAAUAAAGGUGUCCCAUAAUGCAUUUGAUCGACACCAGUAGCACAUAUCGUUUGAGCCGCCAUGUGUUUAUAAAGUAUGGCUGUGCAUUUGGUCUGAAUGCGUGUGCGUGCAUGUGAAUAUGCACUGUAUGCUUGAGGCUAACUUUUACAGUAUUGUCAUGUUGUGUUGUUUCUUAAUUUGUAAGUAUUUUAAAGUUCUUUAACAACAAGCAGUAAACUUAAGAUAGUUGUAACCUGUCACUAUACUGCAUGAUCCUACGAACUGGACGAUGACAAAAUCCACAAAAACAGUUAACGCACAGCGGUAUCUUUUUGUAGCUCUGCAGCCUCCUCAGCACUGUCCCGGGCAGAAAUGAUUGAAUACUUGUCUUGCAUUGGGACAAACCCUCCUCCCACUCUCUUUUCCUCUGACAGACAGAGAACUCACUAAGGGCUCGUUCAUCACUCACUAGCUGAAUGCUUUUAUAACCUCCUGGAUUAGUCUGCUUACAGAGCAGUUAGAUGAAGGGACAUGUUUCAGGAGACAGGAGCAAGUGCAGAUACUUGUUCUGAUUAGAUUUUUCAGGGUUUCCAGACAUAUGUAGUAAUCUGAUCAGUGGCUGUGACACCUAUUCUAAACAUCAGUCUCUCCAAUUCCAAGUCCUAAGUGAUAAACCUACUUUUAGGAGGGGAUGUGUUUCCUCGAUGUUAUCAAUGAAGUCACAGUUUGGAGCAAAAAUACUAUUUUCAAUUCAAUCAAAAUGUUUCUUUAUAUGAUGCACAAGAAGGUCAAGCCUGUUAAAUGAAGACCAUCCAAAAGCACUUAAGGAUAAUUGUUAUUAUGAAAUAUAUUACUGUUAUAUUGGUAUAUAAGUAUAAUGUAUUAGUGUUUUUGGUAUUUAGAAGUGGUGGGAUGUAACUAAGUACAUUUACUGAAUUACUGGACUUAGGUAAAACAAACUAAGGUACUUUAUUGGAGUAUUUUCAUUUUAUGCUACUUUAUACUUUUACUCCACAUUUCAGUGGGAAAUAUUGUAAUUACUAAUACAUUACAUUUAUCUGACAACUGUAGUUACCAGUUACUUUUCAGAUGUUACACCCAAAUCAGUUUAUAAAAUAUAUUGUAUUGUUAUAGAUUAAACUGCCCAAAAUUAUAUAAAACAGUUAUAAUUAGCUCCAACCUUACCAACUACAAUGUUAAAGCACUGCUUGCAUGUCAAUGAAUCAAUAAUAAUGAUCCAAUAACAUAAUAUACACACUGACAGGGCUCAUUCUGCAUAAUGAGUACUUUUACUGUUGGUACUUUGAACCACUGGUAUUUAGCAAAGCUGAUAUUCAAAAUCCCUAAAUUUGACCCCGUCCAUGCCCUUACCCUACCGCUCCUCAGUUAAAAAAAAGGGACAAGGAUUCGGUAUUUAUUCCAUAAUUUUAUUCUUAAUGUUAGAAAAUCCUUUUGAAAUGGCACACUGAAAUGCUUCAUUGAAAUCUAAUGCAAUUAUUUCAGGUGGAUUAGCAGUCACUUUACACACUGAGGAAUAAAACCUUGCACACUUCCAUUAAACUGGGAUGAUUUCUCUGUCUGCCAUGUGAGAUAAAAACAUUUUUUUUUUCCUUUAGCUAGUCGGAGAAGAACCUCAUAUGUCAUACCAGACUUAACUGACAAACAUCAACGAUUUUUAAAAAUGGCCAAUUUCUGCCCAAUAUGUGUGUUGCCCAGCAUUUCACUACCUCACAAAUUAAAUUAUUGUGUGCAGUGGUGGCAAAGUGAACUACCGGUGAGAGGCUGAGAGCUGUGCUGGUGCAGCUGCAUCCACAUGACAUUAGGACUAACCUAAGGUUAACUUGUACCAAACAUUUGAGUAGGAGUUUCCUAACCAGCCUCUGCUUUGGGGAUCCUAUAGUGUCACUGCCUUCUGCUGGUAGGAUAAGGAACAACAGUUGCUACACCUGAUCUACUACAGUUGAAUCUCUUUUCUAUUCUCAUCGCCUCUGAUGAACUGGUACCUUGUGUUGGAUAAAUAGACCCCCUUCUUUCUUUCUUCCUAACCUCCCUUUUAUUCCUUCCUAUUUUUCUGUUGCAUGAAAACCUCACGUGAGGAUGUCAUGUUUGUUCCGUUGGACCUGAAAGCGAAAUAUAACUAUGUGUUUCAAAGCUG